AUCUCCCUCUGCUCUUUGUCUUUCGCCCUCUCCAUUCGACCCCGCCGUCCCCAAGCUGUGGUGGACAAAACCAUUGGUCGCUCGGUGCUGUGCCGGCUGGUCUCGAAACAUUACAGCUUGUCCUCUUGUCAUGUUUAGAUAACGUGUUCCCCAAAAUAGCACGGUGGCUGUCGGAGUCGCCAAUUCGGCAUCAGCGAGAUGUCCUCUGUGAGCCCACGGAAAUCGAUUGACAGUAUAGCCUCGGGGGCGUCGACACCGUCUUUAUCGCAGCAGUCGUUCAAUCCGAUCGAGUCUCCCCGCUUCCCUCAAAGAUACCCCCUGAGACGAGGGUCGACCGCCAGUUCCGUCGCAAGCAUUGGAGGGAUCCUGGAUUCUUCUUCGCGUCAUGGGUCGAUAGCGGAAUCAGGUCAAAAUGCUAUCUCUACUCUUCUCCAGCCUCCGAUCGUCCGCACCGGACUGCUCCCUCAUACAGCAGUAGCCUCGUCCGGAUACAAGCCUCCGAGCUCCCGCGAUAUACCACCAGUUACUCUGACGAAUAUCCCUCAUGUGGACAGCAAGGCUUUCGCUCCGUACUUGUCGCAAGUCGGGUCAUUGUACGAUGUGUUUCAACAGGCCAAGGAGGGGUCUGGCGACCAGGAGUCGCAGUUAGCGCGUGGAGGCGGCAAGGCCUCCCCCAAACCGGAUGAAUUCGAGUCAUUAAUUUCGCGAUCUCAAGAGCGACGGGCGUCUGGGGUUUCAACUACUUCCCGCGCAAGUUCGCCUUACGACACAAGGGGGCGGAGACGGUCUUUCGCUGGCCGAGGUCGUGGUCAUGCUAUCACCCCAUUGUCGACGAUUCCUCCGGUAUACUUUGAGGAUGACUUCCAUCUGGAAAACCCUCGCACGUUUGACGUGGUCUCGGAAAAGUCCGAAGUCGUUACACCACCGAAGACUCCAAGCAAGGACGAUAGACCGGACAUUCCAAUUGUGGCGGAGCCUCCCAAAACUGGGAGAAAGGCACUGGCUACCAAUGCGAUCCUACAGGAAAAGCUGUCGUGGUACAUGGAUACUGUGGAAAUCCACCUUAUCUCAUCAAUCUCAACUGCGUCCAAAUCGUUCUUCACUGCUCUAGGAUCCCUGCGUGAACUGCAUUCAGAGGCUGCUGACUCGGUGAAACGGAUCCAAGUUCUGCGAAAAGAUCUCCAGAAAAUUGACCGUGAAAUGGCCCUCGGUGGACUGAAGAUCGUUAAUCUACGACGCCGACGAGAGAACGUCAGAAUGCUCGCCGAUGCCGUAUCCCAACUUCGGGAUGUCGUGCAAUCUGUGUCCCGCUGUGAAGAAUUGGUUGAGAACGGGGAGAUCGAACAGGCCGCAGAUGGCCUUGAAGAAGUGGAGAGGCUAAUGUCUGGAGAUUUUGUCGUCGAACGUUCUUCUGAAGACGAUGAGACGGGAGAACAGCCCAGAAAGGCCAUCGACCUAAGAAGACUAAAAGCCCUUGAGGGAGCAUCUGAAGACCUGGGACAGUUGAGGUACCGGAUUGGUAGUGGAUACGAAACCCGCUUCUUGAGUGACCUUCUUGGUGAUUUGAGGCAACAUGUCGAAAACGCACCCUUAGACUCGACCCUCCAGCGUUGGGGUGCCUCGUUUCAGCGGCAACGUGGCGCCCAGCGAUCUGCUGCCACGACUUCCCCAGCCUACAUGUCCUUUGAUGAUGAGCUGAGGUCGAGAUUGCGCCUGCACCUCACUGGGCUUGCGCGUGCACAUCACACGACUCCCGCAGCCACCUCUUUCAAGACUGCGGUUCUACGCGAGAUGAAAAGUCUGAUUCGGAAACACAUGCCCAGCUCCAGUGACGAUGAUAACGAAUCGAUGGUGUCAGUUUCCACUCAUAGAUCGCAGGGGCUAAGCCAGCAAGAAAAAUCAUCGAUACUUGCUCGCAAUCUCCGCGCCAUGGAUGCGGAGGAUGCUUACAACAUGGUUGCGCAGAUUUAUAUGGGUAUUAGCGAAUCAUUACGGAGACUGAGCGUCCAAGUCAAGGUGCUUCUUGAUAUCGCAAGUGGACUGGGAAAUCCGCCAACUCCAACCAUCAAAUCUUCGCCUCGCAGCCCCGCCCGAAAGUCGACAGAUAGUUCCGAGAACUUGAAACCCAACCCACGGUUAGAAGCAACAGUUGUCGCGCAGGAUGAGAUCCUGCAGGUCCUGGAUAUGUCCAGCCUCCUAGGCCAGGCGGUUGAUAUUGCUCAGUCGCAAAUAAACAAGGUUCUGAAGGUGCGGUCUGAGCAGACUUCUCAACUACCCAAGGAAGACUUUCUCAAGUACUUUACCCUCAAUCGUCUUUUCGCCGAUGAGUGCGAAGCUAUUUCCGGGCGAGGCGGUACUGCCUUGAAGACAUUGGUCGGUAACCAGAUCAAAGACUACAUCAAUCGGUUCGGUGAUACACAACGCCAUCGCAUUGUUGAAGUGAUGGAUGCGGACCGAUGGGACGCCAAAGACUUCGGGGAUUCCGAGAAUGCCGUCUUGAAGCGGAUUCUGGAUGCGAGCACCAAAGACAUCGAGGCCUGGGUGGAGGUUUCCAAAAUUUGGCUGCCACCGACGGAUGGCAACGAGAAGUCGGAUGCAGCCGCUGUCAAUGGCUCCGGAAAGGACAAAGUUAGAAGUGCCGUUAUUGAUGAACAGAAGUACAUUCUCUCAGAAUGUGCCAUGGCCAUGAUGAAGAGUAUUGAGGAGUUCCAGUUCCUCAUGGCAAAUAUCCCUAGUAUGAUCCAGGACAUUGCUCCUGGUCUUUUAGAGACGUUGAAACUGUUCAACUCGCGAUCCUCCCAGCUGAUUCUCGGAGCCGGGGCCACUAGAAGCGCUGGCCUAAAGAAUAUUACCACGAAGCAUCUCGCCCUUUCUUCCCAAGCCCUGAGUUUCAUCAUUGCGUUGGUACCAUACAUUCGAGAAUUCGUUCGUCGUCAUGCUCCAAGCAGCCCGUUAAUGGGCGAGUUCGAUAAGGUGAAGCGGUUGUACCAGGAGCACCAGUCUGGCAUCCACGAGAAGCUGGUCGACAUUAUGAGCUCUCGAUCUGUCAUCCAUGUUAAUGCCAUGAAAAAGAUCGAUUGGAAUGCCGUCACCAACGGCAACACCGUCAGCCCGUACAUGGAAACCUUGGCCAAAGAGACUGGAACUCUGCAUCGCGUUUUGAGCAAGCAUUUACCGGACAUGACCGUUUCCAUGAUCAUGGACCCCGUCUUUAAUAGUUACCGAGAGCAGUGGACCAAGGCCUUUGAAGAAGUAACCAUCAGCUCGGAAAGUGGAAAACAAAGAUUGCAACGCGAUGCGGAAUAUUUCCAAUCGAAACUCAGCAAAAUAGACGGGUUUGGGAACCUGGGCGAGCGUCUGCUCGAAUUGGUCAAGCAAAAGAGCAUCGCGACAGAGGCACAGGAACAGCCAUCCACCGAGGCUGAUACAGCGAAGGGCUCCCCUAAAACCAGCGAAGACACCAAGACUUCCCCAGCGUGAUUAACACCCUAUAAUUAUCCUACAUACUCGGCGGUGGUCAUAUGGAAGACUUGACCUGCAUAUUAUGUACAUUUUGCGGUGUUCCCUGUCCACCAUCCAGGGGACUGUACAGUGUUUUUUUCAGUGCGACCGCAACCUCCCUUAUUCUUUAUAUACCGCGUCGCAUCUAGCUUUACCUUCUAUAGAAUAAUUUGGC